AUGGAGAUGCUCGCUUGGUUCAGUGAGGAUAUGGAGGAUGAUCUUCACACUGCCGGCGUCACCAACGAGCUCGUCACUAGUUGGGCGAGAAAGGAAGCCAGAGCUUGGAACGAGUCUCACAUGCCAGAGCAAAGGAACUGCCUGCGGAGCCACAGGAAGGCCAUUUUGGAGUUCAUGGAGGCCCUAGCGCGGGUUACAGGGCUCUCCGUUCCCGGCUGGCAGGUGGCAAUCCUUUUAUGGGAUGCUUUCUGCCGCACUGGGAUUUUUGCUUCGAAGUCUGACCUGGAAGCCCAGAAGGAGCUCCCGGCUGCAGUUGCCGCCUUGGUGCUGCUGCUUCGCAAGGAUGAGUGCAGCUGCACGGCCCCACGUGCUGCCGAAUUGGCGCAUUUCACUACGCGGUUCUACCGGCGCUUCUUUGCACGAAGCACGUCGGCCACCGAAGAAACGAACGACGAGGGGCCGCAGGAGCCGGUACCUUCCGUCAUGGCAGAGCAGAUCCACCAGCAGGAGCGCCAGCUUCUAGAAGCCUUGGACUGGCAGAUGCACCGUCCCUGUGCUGCCACCUGGAUCGACACACUCUGCAAACGUCUGAACAUCAUCACGAGCAAAAAAUUCACGCAACAGGUGCAGUGGGUGUGCCAACAAAGUGUUGCCACGUCCCAGGCCCUUGUCCACCUGAUGCCAAGCUCUUUCGAGAUGCAACCCAAGCAGAUGGCGAAUGGACUCAUCUGCCUAAUGUGCGUGAUCGCCCGAAUUCUUCCACUCGAAGUUCUGCGAUCGACGAAGGUCACCAGUUCGGAGUGGCAAAAGCUUUUCUGUGAUGCGCUUUCUUCAGGCUUGCCGAGCUCCGAGUUGGCAGAUGACAAGCUUCCAUGGUUUCUGCAGUGCCUCACCGCGGCUACAUGCUGUUCACGAGAGGUGCUGCAAGCAGACUCCUUGAAGUUGGCACAAAUGAUGAAGCUGAUCAAGCCCAAUGCACCAAAAGCCCAGUCUGCGGAGCCGGUGAAGGCAAAAGAAAUGUCCAGUAGGACGGUGCGGAUUUGA